AUGCCUCAGGGCGAUAUUCCUGGUUUGGGCAUCCCGAACCUGAACCUGGGGGUGAUUACUCCUUUUCCGAGUCAGAGCGACGUGCUCAGACAAGCCUAUGUCAAAGUCUUCUUCGACUGCCAUGUCAGUCCCCGCGUUGGCUGGGAGCAAGCUUUCCUCAAGCAGAUGCAGCGGAAAGGGGAUCAUCGCACCAUCGUCGUCCCCACGAUCACCUCCCUGAACCCGGACACCUGGAAGGAAACCGGCGGCAAUGCAGGUGGCAAGACGUGCUUCAUCUUGUGGAACAAUGACUUCACGUGGUUGUACAAUCCGGGGCGCGACGCCCCGCUGAUGAGCGGGGGCCUCCUCGCCCUUUCACGGCGGUGGUGGGAGGAGACAGGCGGCUACGACACCAACAUGGUUGCGUGGGGCGGCGAGAACAUCGACCAGUCUCUUCGCUCCUGGCUUUGCGGUGGCCGCAUCGAAGUGGCUGAGGGCGCCUACGUCGCGCACAUGUGGCGGGAUCCAAAGAAUCCGAAGACCACGCUGAAGUAUCCAAUCCCCACCCGGGACGUCAUGCGCAACAAGGCACGCGCUGCCACAGCCUGGUUUGGGGAGUUCGUCGAGAAAGUCAUGACCUUUCCAGAGUACGAGAUGUUCACCAAGAAUGGGGAGAGCAUUGGUGACAUGCGCGGCUUCCAGACAGUCAAGGAUCGGCUUGGCUGUGCUCCCUUCACGAGUUACUUAGAUCGCUUCUCGUACAUCUACCUGGACGGUGGCCUGAUCCCAGAUCACGUCUUCCAGCUCCGCGAGCAGAAGUCGGGGCUGUGCAUGCAGGUGAAGCGGAACGACCGCCAGCCACACAAUGUGGUCCUGGCCGCCUGCUCCGGGCCACACGAGGAGCAUCAGUCGUCCGAGCUGCAGCUGUUCCACCGCGGGAAUCGCGACAACUCCAAGAGGGGAAAGCCCUGCUGCAGCGGACUCAUGCACUGGAACUUCCUGCAGUGCCUGGAUGCGCAGAAUCCCGGCACACAGGUGCGGACGUUUGAGUGCGAGAUCGGUGGGUCCUCGUCACAUCAGAAGGUGGAGCUGUCCGAGGAUGGCCAGCUUCUGUGGAACUGGAUGGGCUCCUGGGGUGGAGCUCGAGGGUGCUUCGCACCGCAGCCUCCAAAGGUGGGCAAUGCAGUGAUAAACCACAUCGACGCUUGUUCUGCCGCCGUGGAGCCUGUUGGGGAGGCGACGCACAAGACGCCAAACGGCCUCACCGUGCCGGCGCAGUUUCGGGUCAAGAGCCGCGAGGAAAACGGAGGCUGUGCUGCCGUGUCCACAAAAGAAGGUGGGGAUGAAAGUGUGUCUGGCCUCGAGCUACAGUUUCGACCCUGCGAUCUUCAAGAUCAUGCCCAGAUCUUUAAAGCCACCCCGCGCUUUGGCGGCUUUGAGAUCAAGACAGGUGAUGGUCGCAACUGCCUGGACUCCAGUGGGGGCCGCGACAUUCUGGUCUAUCCCUGCUACGACGAGAGCUCGCGCAACAUGAACCAAGUCUGGCAGAUUCGCGCUGCGCGGCUGCUAUGGGAGGCGCAGGGGGGCGCCGGGCAGAUCUGCGUCGACUCGCGGGCCGUCCACGAGAAGGUCGUCCCUCCGCAAGGAGAGUAUCGCUUAACUACCUGCUCUCCGAAGCCGGGUCAGCGGCUUCAGCGUGCAGAAGAGGACCAGGACGGGACCUUCCUAUUGAAGGACCAAGACGAUGGCCGCUGCCUCUCAGCCCUCUCUGGGAAUGUGCUGGGCCUUUCAGAGUGCACAAAGCAGCAGAGGUGGAGGCUGCGCACGCAGGGUGGGGCGACGCAGGUGCAGCAUGUGGCUUCCGCCACCUGCAUCGAUGCGGGCAGUGAUCAGAAGCCGAUACUGUACCCUUGCCACACUGGGCAUGUGAACCAGCCGCAGAAGUUUUCCUUCAUUGAAAAGCCUGGCUGGAUACAAAACCCCAUUACUUGGGGGGACAACGGCCGGCGACGAACAUUUGAGACCUGCUUGGACCGUCUGCCUGUCAAGCCGCAGAACGUCGCUGUUCAGGACUGCACGCAGGUGCGUGAAUCUGGAGUUCGCUGGGAAUUGUACAAUGCUUUCGUGCCUUUGGAGCGGCAGCUCUGGGACGCGGCGGAGAAGCCGCCCCCGGGCACUCCAGUCCUCGGUGGCGACAAAGCACCACCUUAG